AAAAUGGGUUCCUAGUGUUCUCAAUGUAAUUGCGAUAAGAGAGGAAAUGAUAUAUAAGUAAAACAUAAUUGAAUUAGGAAUGUAUAUCGAUUCUGACUAGUGGUUCUAAAACAGAGAAAACAUGGUUGAUAAAAAAUAAAAUGGCAAUAGUAAUACAGAAAUAUUGGAGAGGUUACAUAGCUAGACGUAAAGUAGAUGAUUAAAAAAUAUUAUAUGCAUUUGAAACAGAAACAGUUGAGAGUGGUAUAACAAUAAAUUAAGAUGAUAAAGUAAGAGUUGAAAAACCAACUUAUACGUAUUCCAUUCAUAAUAUUUAGAUUUCCUGGAGGUGCAACAUAUACAGGUGAAUGGAGAGGAAAUUCAAGAGAUGGAUAUGGAAUCUAAAUUUGGCCAGAUGGUGCUAAAUAUGAAGGAGAAUGGAAACAUAAUAAAGCUCAUGGAAGAGGUAAAUUUACUCAUAUUAAUGGUGAUGUAUAUGAGGGAGAAUGGGAAAAUGAUAUGUCUAAUGGAUAUGGAGUAUAUUAACAUGUUGACGGUCCUAAAUAUGAAGGAUAAUGGUUUAAUGAUAAAUAACAUGGAUAUGGUAUUGAAUUAUGGCCUGAUGGAUCUUUAUAUGAAGGAUAUUUCUAAAAUUCAUAUAAACAUGGAAAAGGUAAAUAUCUUUGGUGUAAUGGGUAAUAAUAUGAAGGAGAUUGGGUACAAAAUAAAAUAUCUGGAAGAGGAAUCUUAAUAUGGACUGAUGGUAGAAAGUAUGAAGGAGAUUUCUAUUUUGGUAAUAUGCAUGGAAGAGGUACAUAUACUUGGCCAGAUGGAAGAAAAUAUGAAGGAUAAUAUUUUAAUGAUAAAAAGCAUGUAUAUCUUAUUCAAUUACAUAAAUAAGGGAUAUGGGAUUUAUGAUUGGGGAGAUGGAAGAAGGUAUGAAGGUGAAUGGGAAAAUGGUAAAUAACAUGGCAGAGGAUGUUUCUUUAUGAAUAAAAAAGGAAAAUAUGGACUUUGGCAUAAAGGUAAAAGAAUAUCUUGGGAUGAAUGA